CGGGGAAGCCCAGCCGUGUCCGAAAGGAGCUGCCGGUCUGCUAGUGAAAGAGACUGCGAGCUCCGCUGGGGACUCUUGUCUCACGCUCAGACCUGGCACGUGCGGUGGGUUCGAGUGGGAGUCAGGACGGCGGUCGUGGGAACCCGGACUUCCUGGGGCCUUGGCUUCCUCAGGUUAAAAGAGGAAGUCUGGCCGGCAGGAUCUCCUUAGGCGCUGAAAUCCCGUCCUCGAAGAUGUAUUGAACCCAGAAAGAGAAAAGCAGAGGGAUUAGGAGCAUCCAACACAGGAAGUCAGCCUUUUUAGGGGGUGCAGCGCUAAUGAGUCAUUCUAAGACUGUGGCGGUUUUGACAUCGUUAGUCGGCAUUAUUAACAGCCUUCCAUGAAAGGAAUGUUGGCCACAAUGCCCCGUCCUGCCUCAGUUGGCCUUUGACAUUUACCCCCACUUUGUGGGGGGAAGUUCAUUCAUUCCAUCUCUGGAGAGACUAAUUCGGAAUGGUACGUGUAGCUAAGACUGCCUGCCGCCAGAUGGCAGUUGUGCUUUGGUCCUGAAGAGACGGCCCAUAACUUACUGCAAGUUGUGAAGAGCAACGAACAGAAACAGCUCAUUUACCAGACAACAGCAACUACACAGGGAUUUUGUGCAGCAAAUGCUGUCAGCAUCUCUUAUGUGAGGAGACAGAAGAAUGGGAGCACAAAAAGAUUCGAGUCGGCGGAAGCAGAAGUGGGCUGUGGACCCAAGAAACACUGCAUGGAGUAAUGAUGAUUCCAAGUUUGGCCAGAGGAUGCUAGAGAAGAUGGGAUGGUCUAAAGGAAAGGGUUUAGGGGCUCAAGAGCAAGGAGCCACAGAACAUAUUAAAGUUCAAGUUAAAAAUAACCACCUGGGACUUGGAGCUACCAUCAAUAAUGAAGACAACUGGAUUGCUCAUCAAGAUGAUUUUAACCAGCUUCUGGCUGAACUGAACACUUGCCAUGGGCAGGAAACAGCAGACUCCUCAGACAACAAGGAAAAGAAAUCUUUCAGCCUUGAGGAAAAAUCCAAAAUCUCCAAAAACCGGGUUCAUUAUAUGAAAUUCACAAAAGAUCAAAUCCAGAGCAAGGCCUGUAACAAUCCUGGUUUCUCCAUUUACUUAAGUGAACUUUGCUUAAGGAUAAAAAUUUCUGAUACAAGAACCCAUCACCAAAACUUUAGAAACACUUGCACUUGCAGUGGGAAGGAUCUGUCGUCUCGGAGCAAAACAGAUCUUGACUGCAUUUUUGGGAAAAGACAGAGUAAGAAGACUCCUGAGGAUGAUUCCAGCCCCACCACUCCAGAUGGGAAUGAAACCUCCACUACGAAGACCAGUGCCUUUACCAUCCAGGACUACUUUGCCAAGCGGAUGGCAGAACUAAAGAACAAGCCACAGGUCACAGCUUCAGGCCCUGACCUUUCAGUGACCCAAAUGGAAGGAAAAAGGGGAAAGAAAAUAGAGAAAGAGGCAAAAGAUAAAAAUGUGGAGAAUUAUACCCAACCCCAGGCCAAGAAGAAGAAAGACCAAGUUGAGAGGCAGCUCGGAGCCCCUUGUUGGGGCGAGAAUUCCGAUACUUCUGCUGAGGAUAGAGAGGACUGUGUGUGGCCACCUGAUGACCAGGACAUCCCCCCGAAUGAAACCUCCACUACGAAGACCAGUGCCUUUACCAUCCAGGACUACUUUGCCAAGCAGAUGGCAGGACUGAAGAACAAGCCACAGGUCACAGCUGCAGGCCCCGACCUUUCAGUGACCCAAAUGGAAGGAAAAAGGGGAAAGAAAAGAGAGAAAGAGGCAAAAGAUAAAAAUAUGGAGAAUGAUACCCAACCUAAGGGCAAGAAGAAGAGAGACCAAGUUGAGAGGCAGCUCGGAGCCCCGUGUUGGGGCGAGAAUUCCGAUACUUCUGCUGAGGAUAGAGAGGACUGUGUGUGGCCACCUGAUGAUCAGGACAUCCCCCGGAAGCCCAAAAAAAAGAGAGAAAAGAAAAAGCUACAAAAGCAAGUUGAAGCAGGAGUGGAUGCUACUCUAGAUGAAACACCAGUGAAAAAGAAGAAGAAAAAGAAGAAAGGUUCCAAAUAAAUUCUCUUGAGCCAGGGCGCUCCGACCACUCAGAUGCCAGGGAGCUGCUGAGCAGCUCUGCCCUCCAGGCAGAGCAGAGUUCACCCGGGAGAGUUGCUGCACGUCUUUAACAUGCCCGUGGAUGGCUGCGUCUCGCCCUCUCACCACGUUUUUCCCAAAUCAUAUUCCCAGAAGAAUUUUUUAAUGUUCCAAAUCAUGGCUCUUAUAAACAAAUAAAUUUGUUUUUAGACUCAG